GGGGCGUACAGAAAAGGCGCGCAGACCAGCCGGCCACAUUGCAGGAGUUGCUUAGGGCCGCCCGGCGUUACGCGCUCUGAGCGUCCUAACAGCGGGUUUCCCGCGACAGAGAGGCUAAUUGUGCGCGCGAGCUCGAAGGGGUACCGCGGAUGCUGACUCCGCGGGGACUGCCCGGAAUCGCCCAGGCUCCGCGCCCGCGCAAUUUCCGCACCUUCUCGCAUCCGCAUCCGGUUUUGCGGCCACGCUGGUGCACAUGCGCACACGCUCCGACUUGUUCCGCGAGAGAGGUGGGGUCUGCGAGGCGGAGCCGAGCUGAGAUGCCUGGGCUAUGAAGUCAUCCCUGGAGGCGGGGAGUGUAGGAACCCGCCCUUCGAGGUUCCUCCCCCAAUGAGACGAGGGCCAGAUCCAGGCUGUCUACGUUUCAGUGUUAACGGCUGCCGCGCGAACUCCGAUCCCGGCGCACGCGCACAUGCGCCUGGGGCGGUGGUUGGAGGCUACGGGCGCACGGGACUCGGGGAGCUGGCGGGCGGGCGCGGCGAUGGGCGAGGCGGAUGCGGGGACGCCUUCUUUCGAGAUGACCUGGAGCAGCACAACAAGCAGUGGCUACUGCAGCCAGGAGGACUCAGACUCGGAGCUCGAGCAGUACUUCACGGCGCGUACCUCACUGGCGCGCAGGCCGCGUCGGGACCAGGACGAGCCUGUGGAGUGGGAGACACCUGACCUUUCUCAGGCUGAGGUUGAACAGAAGAUCAAGGAGUACAAUAGCCAGAUCAACAGCAACCUUUUCAUGAGCCUGAACAAGGAUGGCUCCUACACAGGCUUCAUCAAAGUUCAACUGAAGCUGGUGCGUCCUGUCUCAGUGCCUUCCAGCAAGAAGCCACCCUCCUUGCAGGAUGCCAGGCGGGGCCCAGGGCGGGGCACAGCUGUGAAGCGCCGGACCUCCUUCUACCUGCCCAAGGAUGCUGUCAAGCACCUGCAUGUGUUGUCACGCACGCGGGCACGUGAGGUCAUUGAGGCCCUACUUCGCAAAUUCUUGGUGGUAGAUGACCCCCGCAAGUUUGCACUCUUUGAGCGGGCUGAACGCCAUGGCCAAGUGUACCUCCGGAAGCUGUUGGAUGAUGAGCAGCCCCUGCGGCUGCGGCUCCUUGCAGGGCCCAGCGAGAAGGCCCUAAGCUUUGUCCUCAAGGAGAAUGACUCUGGGGAGGUGAAUUGGGAUGCCUUUAGCAUGCCUGAACUACACAACUUCCUGCGCAUCCUACAACGGGAGGAAGAGGAACACCUCCGCCAGAUCCUGCAAAAGUAUUCCUAUUGCCGUCAGAAGAUCCAGGAGGCCCUGCACGCCUGCCCCCUGGGGUGACCUCUUGUACCCCUGGGUGAAAGGAGGAGAGUAGGCAGCGCCGAGGGCGUGCCGUGUGAGUGUGACAGGGCCCAUGUGGCCUGAAGAAUGAGUGUGUAUGGAGCUCGUCUCUUACUGGGGGAAUGAGCCCAAAGAACAGCAAAGGAGCUGGCCCCCUGUGUCCACCCACAGGUGUAGCAGAGCAUGGCUCUGUACCCUUCUGCCCUUCAUGUAGUGAAUCAUGGUGGGCCAGGGUUGCCCCCAAGAAGCUGCUCCAGUCUUGGAGCAGGGAUAGAGCAGAAUUAAGUCUCCUUAAUUCAUGUCUCAGAUACCAGAAUCUUGGGAGACCCUACAAACAGCAUAGGGUCGUGUUUGCAGGGAUAAGGACCCUCACCUAUGGGGAAAAGUCGUAUGUUUUGGGUCUUGGAUGGGGUUUCAGAACAGUUGGAUCCAGGGGCAGGUGUUCAAGAUAAGGCAGGUGUGGGGGAAGAGUCUAGGUUUCCCUCUACAGUGGCUUCUGACUCCUCACACACACUGGAGUCAGGGAAUGCUGGCUCAUGGUGCAGCAACAGUGCCUCAGUUCCUCCUCCAAGGAGGAUGUCCCUGGGCCAGGGUCUGUGUGAGUGUGGGCGCUGGUCCAGGUCUGUGCCUUGUUUGCCAAUCAAAGUGAGGGUCUUUCCCUCAGUUAUUUUUGAUGAUGUGUGCGAAUGUAUGUAAUAUUCUGUGGCCUCAGCUGCAUGCCUCCUGUGGGGAAGGGGGUGAGGGUGACAGUCAUCAUCAGGGCGUGGGGCCUGAGAGAAUUGGCUGAAUAAAGAUUUAAGAAUUCUGCUUUUGAACUC